GGACUCAAACAUAUGCUGCAUUCUGCAGCAGACGCACCAAGUGUGAUCAAAGUGGCGUCUGGUCCCAUCAAAGCAGCGGCCUGCAGGGUUCACCAGAGUUCUUUCCCCGGAGAACUCCUUUUUUACAGUCUCCACGCCUCAAACUCAGGAAGAAGAUUGGGAAGAAGACAUUGAGUCACUCACUGAAGGACCAGAUUUAAAAAUAAUUUUUUGCAUACCAAGGUUGGAGUUUAUUUCUGACUUUGAAACACGGAUUCUUCCCCAACCAUGGAGAUUGCCGACAUUGUUGUUGUGGCUAUCUACUUUGUACUGGUGCUGGUGAUUGGAUUUGUCGCGAUGCGUCGAGCUAAUGGUAGCACUGUCAACGGUUACUUCCUGGCUGGCCGCACCAUGAACUGGGCGGCCGUAGGAGCGUCGCUUUUUGUCAGCAACAUUGGCAGCGAGCACUUCAUUGGACUGGCAGGAUCGGGAGCUGCCAGCGGAUUCAGCGUGGCUGCGUGGGAACUCAAUGCUCUGCUACUGCUCCAGCUGUUGGGAUGGAUGUUCAUCCCUGUCUAUAUUCACUCUGGGGUCUACACCAUGCCUGAGUACCUGUCGAAACGCUACGGAGGAAAGCGGCUGAAAGUCUAUUUUGCUGUCUUGUCUCUGGUCCUCUACAUUUUCACCAAGGUGUCGGUGGACCUCUAUGCUGGAGCCUUGUUCAUCCAAGAGUCUUUGGGGUGGAACCUGUACUUGUCCAUCAUUCUGCUUAUUGCCAUGACGGCUUUGCUGACAGUCACCGGAGGACUGGUUGCUGUCAUCUACACAGACGCCCUUCAGGCAUUCCUUAUGAUUGCAGGAGCACUGUGUCUCACAGUCAUAAGUCUGGUGGAAGUUGGAGGACUUGAAGGAGUUCGGAUCAAGUACAUGCAAGCAGCCCCAAACAUCACUGGUAUAUUAUUGUCCUCCCCAAACCUCACGUUUUCAAAUUCCUGCUACCACCAUCUCAGUCCAAAACCAGAUUCUUUGAAGAUUCUUCGAGGGGCAAGUGAUCCAGACCUGCCUUGGCCUGGGUUUCUUCUGGGUCAGACUCCUGCAUCAAUUUGGUACUGGUGCACAGAUCAAGUAAUUGUGCAGCGGGUCCUUGCAGCCAAGAACAUUUCCCACGCCAAAGGUUCCACCAUCAUGGCUGGAUUCCUGAAAAUCCUGCCCAUGUUCAUAAUAGUCAUCCCAGGUAUGAUCGCCAGGAUCUUCUUUACCAAUGAGCUGGCAUGUAUAAGCCGUGAGCACUGCAUGGAAGUAUGUGGUGCGGAGACAGGGUGCAGCAAUGUUGCUUAUCCACGACUGGUCAUGUCAAUGAUGCCCGUCGGGCUUCGGGGGUUGAUGAUGGCCGUCAUGAUCGCAGCGCUAAUGAGCGACCUGGACUCCAUCUUCAACUCUGCCAGUACCAUAUUCACCUUGGAUAUCUACAACAUGCUUCGCAAGGAGGCAACUGCAAGGGAGCUGGUCAUCGUCGGCAAGUUGUUUGUGGUUUUCAUGGUCUUGGUCAGUAUAGCCUGGGUGCCUGUGGUCAUCGAGAUGCAGGGAGGCCAAAUGUUUUACUACAUUCAAGAAGUGUCUGACUACUUGACCCCACCAGUUGCAGCUCUCUUUCUUCUGGGAGUCUUGUGGCACCGAUGCAACGAGACUGGAGCGUUCUGUGGUGGGAUGGUAGGAUUUUCUUUAGGAGCCGUACGACUGGUGCUUGCCUUUGUGUACCGUGAGCCACACUGCAGUCAGGUGGAUGAGCGGCCCUCUUUUAUUAAGGACAUUCAUUUUAUGUAUGUAGCUGCAGUCUUGUUUUGGGUCUCUGUUUCUGUGGCUGUGGCUGUGAGUCUGUGCACUCCACCUCCAAGCAAAGAACAAAUCGCUACUACCACACUUUGGGGCCUUAGCAAGAGAAAACAGGGACUAGAAAAGGACCUCACUAUGAUGGAGCCCCUAAACCACAAAGGCAGUAGAACAAGGGAAAAUGGUGACGGUCAUGGCGUUUCUCUCCAAAAUGGGUGUCACUAUGUAAAUUCAAAUGAGGUGGAACAGGGGACGGUUGAGCUGCAGGGUUGGUGUUCUGGAGGAGGAGGGGUCGAUAAGGGACAGGGCAUGAAGCUGUUGGCCUGGUUCUGCGGCCUUCAUGCACAACCCACCAAAGCUCAGGUCCUUACGGAACAUGAGGAAGAACGGAUUGUGGAUGCGCUUCUCCAUGAGCCUGUGAAAAGCAGAUUCAUUUUAAAUGCAGGGCUUGUUGUCAUUUGCUCCAUUGGGAUCUUUCUCUUCAUCUAUUUCUCAUUGUAGCUUCUGUUCUUGUCAGGGAACACAUUUAUU